AUGGGAUGGCAGCCCGCAGACAGCUUGGGUCACGUUGCCCUUCUUCGGCUCUCCAUUCCCAGUACCAUACUUGAGUGCCAGUAUUCUGCUCCCGCAACCACGGAUCAGAUCUACGAUUCCAACAUCAAGAAGGAAAACACUAUCCUUACCAAGCUCGGCGACGUUCUGCACCAGCAAGAGCUGCUUUGUUGCGAUCUCGACGUUGCGGCCGAGGAGACGGAGUCCCUCGUCGAUGGCGAACUUACAAAUUGA